AUGCGCGCUGCCUGUUCCACGGGCACAUAUAAGCUAUGGGGUUCGUUUUAUGCGGCUUGGAAGCGGUACAGCUCGACGCAUUUGGUCGGAUACGAUUUCUCAGCUAAGCCGUGUCUAGCUGCACGGAUUCGUCAAGCAGGUGCUAAGUUUGAUGGAAGACCGCUGCAAAUCGGCGAUUAUGUGUGCCGCAAAUCUGAUUGGUCAACAAAGGUGGGCCUCUUGAAGCAUGUUGAUAAACACAAUACUGCAUUGGUUCACUACAUUCACUACAAUUGCUAUCUGGAUGAGGAGUUUUGCCCCCUCUCCGAUUUGGAGCGUGCCAUUGCCACGUGUAGCAUAGAAUCGACCAGUCUGGAGGUACCAAUAUUUUCAGGAAGUCUGGAGGAGGCGACUGAGAAACUCUACUCGAGCGUUCGAGAGGCGGUGCUGAAAUUUAUCUUUCAGGAGACAAGUGGAACGCCACCACCAUUGCCAGCUUGCUUAGUGCUCUACCAUGAUUCGAGGAGUCAGAUUGAUGGUCCAAGGCCAGCAGGGUGGGCCAUGAAUGCUAAGAAAAAGGCUAAGCGAAAAGUCGAAGUGCGGUGCCUCCGCAGUAACGUCGAAAUGAUCCUGCCUCGGAAACAGGUGCGCCCGAUACCCACAAAUGUCAUGAAGAAAUUGCAGGCGUUCUGGGCAGAGUUGGGAUGCCGGAGGCCAAGCUUGCCUUUGGCCGAAGCCUUUCUUCCGACAGACGAAGCCAUCGAAGUGAAACAUUGUCACACUCUCAGCAUACACUGGCCUAGUGACCUCUUGCUUCCUUUCAAGGACAAAGUCUUUAUUUUGGGGCUCCCAAGAUAUUUUCGGAGACCAUUAAAAGCCAUUUGCCAACAGCACCAUGAGAUUCGCUUGCUGGAGCUUGCAGAUGGCCGCGGAUGGGUGGCUGAUUGGAUCAGACCUGCGCAAAUCGGCGAGUACGUGUGCCGCAAAUCUGAUUCAACGAAGGUGGGCCUUUUGAAGGAUGUGGAUGCCAGCUCUAAUGCACAGAUCCACUACACUUGCGGUUUGCAUGAGACCUCUCCCUUAGCCGAUUUGAAGCGUGCAGUUGCCACGUUUCGCGUGUCAAGCCCCAGGCUGCAGGUGCCUGUCUUUUCAGGAAGUCCGGAAGAGGCAGCUCAGAAACUCCAUGUGAGCAUUCGAGAGGCGGUGCUAGAAUUUAUCACGGGGGAGCGGCGACAGCCAAAUCCAGGGGAACUGGUGUGCUGCCAUGAUGUGAAUCAAACUGGUCCAGGACAAGUAGGGUGGGCGAUUGUGAAUGGCUACAUCAAAGAGGGCAAUGCAGUUGUACAGUGCCUCCGCAGCGGCGUCGAAACGGACAUGCCUCGCGCGCAGGUGUGGCCAAUGGGCCAGAAGCGGAGGCAUGCGUUGACAAACUUCUGGCAGCAGUUGGGACGCCAGCAGCCAAACUUCUCUUCAGCCGAAGCUUUUCUCUCGCAGUACGAAGCUAUUGAGGUGAACCAGUGCCGCACCGUUAGCCUGCACUGGCCCAAUGACCUCGUGCCGCCUUGCUUACCCGAUAUAGGUGUACGUUUGCCUGUAGCCUGCGGGGAGUUGGAAGCCCUUUCCCAACAGCACCAUGAGAUUCGCUUGCUAAAACUUGCUGAUGGCCGCGGAUGGGUGCCUGAUUGGCCCAACUCCUUUCAGGCGGCUUUGUGCAGGUUCGCCAAGGCAGACGAGACUUUCGAGAAUCUGAGAUAUCUGAGAAAGGCGUGCGUGCAAAGCCUGCUGGAUUUCAGGAGGGCUACCUCAGAGCUCAAGAGCCUGAAAGCCAUUGAAGACGCGCUGUCUUCCCACGUGGCCACGGCCUACAGCAGAAGUUUCUCUUUCACUCCGGCCGACUACGGCGAGCGCGGAGGGUUCCCCUACUUCAAGCCCUGUGGCUGGAGACGAACCGCCCGGGCGGCAACGAAGGAGUUUCUUCAAGAAUGGCCGGUGGCAUAUCAUGGAACCAGCCUGGAGCGUGCAGUUCUCAUCUUCGCCGAGAAAUUUAUUUGGGACCCGGCAUAUGUGCACGGCAACCGGCACGGGCAGGGCAUAUAUGUGAGCCCCUCGAUCGAGUAUGCGGCGCAUCCUGUGUACUCCACUCUGUCGCCAAGUGGUGAAAACACUUGGAUUCAGGCCGUGCUCCAGCUGCGCGUGAAACCUGGCAGCUUCAGCUCCCACCCUGCGAGCCUCGCGGGGAAAAGGCGGCACUGGGACUCUGACUUGGCCUUCGACCCCAACUUCCGCGCGUGGAGCGGCUUGGAGUGGCUCAUCAGCCCCCAGGCCGUGCAGGAGGGGGCCAUCCAAGUCGCAGGCGUCAUGUUCAGGGAGCUGGGGGCACAAGCGGAUCCUGAGCUGUACGGAGUGCUGGCCACCCAGGUCACGGAUGGCGACAAGGGGCCGGAGUACGAGUGGACUCGGCUGCUGAGGGAGCAUUAUCGCCGAGAGCGCUAUUUGCGGUCUGUCACUCGGCUCAUGGCCGCGGCCCAGUACGGCUCCGUGGAAGGCAUCCAUCGACUCUAUGCAGAAGGCGAGGCCCUGGACGCCCGUGACGUGCGCGGCUGGACAGCGCUGCACUUUGCGGCCUAUGAGCUGCACUACGAUGCCUACGUGACGCUGGUGCAGCUGGGGGCGGACCCGCAGCUUCAGAACUUCAUGGGCCAAACGCCGGUGAAGGAUUCGCCAGAACUAGGACCUAGUUCUGGCGCGUCCUGA